AUGAGCCUGCUCAACGAGGGACGGAGCUUCUCCUCUUUUGACCGUGAAGCGCCGACUAACCCACUGGCGAACUUGUACAAAUGCAAGGACGGGCGCUCCAUACAGCUUAUGCACUUGCAGCCCGAUCCGUACUGGAGGCCGCUCGCACGCGUGAUGGGCAUGGACGAUAUAGUUGACGAUCCGCGCUUCUCGGAAAUGAAGGCGCGGGCAGAGAAUUCAGUAGAACUUGUACGUAUUAUGGACGAGAAGUUCGCGUCCAAGACGGCUGACGAAUGGGAUGCCAUCUUCCGCGAAUUUGAGCUGGAUUUCAUAUACGCCAAGGUGCAGGCGAUCGAAGAACUCGAUCAAGAUGUGCAGGUUGUCGCCAACAACUACAUCACAGACUUUGAGCAUCCUGUACUGGGCGGCGUCAAGAUGUGCAAUCAUCCAAACAUCUAUAGCGAGACGCCUGCAGGCAUUUGGCGCGAAGCUCCUGAACUUGGACAGCACACGGAAGAGAUUCUGAUCGAUGAGCUCGGUUACGAUUGGGACGACAUCGGCGAAUUGCAAAAUGAGGGGGCAAUACUCUAG